AUGGACAGAAACAACGUAUUGGAGAAACGAUUGCUUUCUCGGAGUUACUCCUCCCGGAGAAAGAUAAAGGAGAUCUUGGAAACAAGAUAUGUCUCUCUGGGGGACCAAAAACCUUCUCUAUUUCUUGUACCAACCAAAGGGUCGUCCGAUGAGGGAGGGAAACAGACAUCAACCAAAUCAUUACUACAUGUGGAGAAACCUAAAGACCCUAUCAGUAAGGAGAGGAAGACUCGAACACGACAAGAGUUCAAGACUUAUAUACACGAGACUAUGAAGAAACAAAAGGCAUUGACUAAACGAAUCACUCGAAAUCGUCAAGUAAAUGUACAUAAACUACUUGAUCAUUAUCAAAUCCCAAAGUAUGAAGAUUAUACAGAACUUAAUAAUCUUUGGCAGAAAUAUAUGCAUGAUUUGCUAUUCAAUAACACUAAAGCUGGUGGUGGUGGUGUUACUUCCACCGAAGAAGAUAUUCAAUUACCUUCAUUAGCCUUUAUACUACCGAAACUUUCCAGUGCCGAAUAUGUUGGAUGUAUGUUGACAGUGUUACAAUCUAAAAACACCAAUUUGAUUGGAAUACGAGGAAUCGUUCUCUGGGAUGCCCAGCAUUCGUUUAUUGUUGUUUCUCCAAGAGAUACUCAGGCCAAUGAAAUUGCUGAAGCCUCAAAGUCUCCUCCUUCCCCCACAGAAUUAGUUGGAGGACUCAAAAUCUUGCCUAAAACAGGAACAUUAUUUGCAUUUGACAUUGUGCUAAACGAUCGAACAUGUAUUGGAUUUACCAUUGUUGGGUCCAGAUUUGAACUUAGGUCUAUAGAUAGGGCUGGGAAGAAGUUCAAAAGUCAUAACGUAAUAGAUUUAUAG